UCAACAUGUCGACGGCCACGGCGACGGACGACACCCUGGAGGCGGGGGACGCCGACGUGGACAUGUACGUUUUGGAGGGGCCGGAGCGCCCCGCGCCGCCCGACGAGCCCCUCGGUGACGUCAUCUUCGCCGCCCUCCGCAGCCACGCCAAGCAGGCCGCCAGGAACGCCCAGGUGGACGCGGCGACCGGCGCGGCCAUGUCGUUCCACGACCUGCUGGAGGACAGCGUGCGCGUGGCGGAGGGGCUGCGCGCCAAGAAGCUGUGCGCCGGCCACGUGGUGGCCGUCAGCAGCGCGCCCGUCGCCGACCUGUACCCCGCCAUCAUGGGCGCCGUGUGGCUGGGCCUCACCAUCAUGCCCACCGACCCCAACGCGUCGGCCAGCGAGCUGAAGAGCCAGCUGCAGGUGUGCAAGCCCCGGGCCGUGUUCGCCGAGCCCCGCACGCUGGCCAAGGUGCACGCGGCGCUGCAGGGCGCCCCGCGGCAGGUGCCCGUCAUCGUGCUCAACCAGGACGACGUGCCCGCCAAGCUGGUGCGCGCGGGCGACGUGGCGUACGAGGACUUGCUCCAGGCCGUGCCCACCGCCACCGCGGACCUGUUCACGCCACCCGUCAUCGCGCGCCUCGACGACCACGUGCCCUUCAUCCUGGGCGGCCUGGGCGCGGCCGGCCAGCCGCGCUGCGCCAUGCUGUCCAACAAGCGCGCCUUCGUGCUGCUGGACCAGUUCCGCGAGCCGCUGCCGGACGCGCCCGGCGUGUCGUUCAUGGCGUCGCGGCCGCUGUCCUGCCUGGCGGGGGUGUUCUCGCUGCUGCGCUGCUGCUGGGCCGGCCACACCGUGGUCAGCCUCAACGACCAGGAGGGGCCCGUUCUGGGGCUGCUGGCCGCCCUGGAGAAGAACGGCGUGUCGCACUGGCUGGCGCAGCCCGCCCUGGUGCGCGCCGUCGCGGAGCACGCGUCGCUGGCCAAGUUCAACCUCAAGGCGCUGACGGCCGUGCUGCUGGACGGCGACGCCCUGCCCGCCGACCUGCACGUGCGCGCGCAGCAGGCCCUGGCCGUGCGCCUGCAGGCGCUGUACUGCGUGCCCGAGGCCGGCAUGCUGCUGUUCAACCGCGACGCCAAGCCCGGCUCCGUGGGCAGGGUGUGCCCCGGCACCAAGCUCAAGAUCGUGGACACCAUCUCGGAGGAGGACCUGGAGGCCAAGGAGUGCGGCGAGCUGCGCUCCAAGAGCGCCACCUUCCUCAAGGGCUACGUCGGCGACCCCGAGGCCACGGCCGCCCUCUUCGACGAGCGCGGCUGGUUCUGCACGGGUGACGUCAUGCGCUACGACGAGGAGGGCUACUUCUACUUCAUGGAGAAGCUCAGCGAGAGCAUCCAGUGCGCAGGCACCGCGGUGCCCGCCAAGGAGCUGGAGGACGUGAUCCGGACGCACGCCGCGGUGCGCGACGUGGCGGUGCUGGGCCGCCCCGACUCGGAGGCCGGCGAGGUGCCCAUGGCCUUCGUGGUGCUGGAGCCCGGCGUGGUCGCCACCAAGCAGGAGAUCGUCCAGCUCGUCAAGGACAAGCUCCCCGCCAACAAGCAGCUCCGCGGCGGCGUCGAGUUCCUGGACGCGCUGCCCCGCACCACUUCCGGCAAGCUCUCCGGCCGCCAGCUCCGGGACCGGAUGCCGCGCCGGUCCGUCGUCGGAAGCGCCUUCUCGUAGAGCCUCGUCCCCUACCACGAGAGCAAAACAACAAAAACAUCAUCAACAAUAACAACAAAACAACAAAAUGUGCCUGUUUGUCUUCCAGGCUCAUGGUAACUGGCGCUCGGAUUAUUUUCAUUGCGUUCAAGUUUGCGAGACUUGUCGGCAAAGAGGCCCGGCCGGCGUGUCGGCUGCUGCCGAGCGGUCCAGAAGGGUCGACGUUCCGUCGCUCUGUCUCUGUCGCACUCGCGGGGCUCUCCGUGAGGGUGCGAGAGGGACAGAGCGACGAACCGAUGUUGCUCUGAAUCGCUCGCCUGUUGGAUGGCCGGGCCGGCCGGGCCGGCGAGGAGACCAACUCCUGCACUGUGUGAACGCAUUCGGCUGCCGCUGUUUAGAACUGGUUGGUUGAAUUAAACCUUUCUUCAUCCA